GUGGUGAAACAAUACUUGCUCGUGUGCUCGGGGAAACCCUUAGCGGAAGGCAUGCGGGGUGUCAUCGUGGCGCCAUUGGCCAGCGGCCCAUCGACCGAAAAGUCCGCCAUGAAGACCGUCUGGUCGUCUGCUGGGAAAGAGGCAAGGACGGAGCACGAAGUACUGCACACCUUCACCUCACCGCUGCAAACUUUGAUGCUGCUGAAAGCAGAGCCGCACACCGGGCGGACACACCAAAUCCGAGCGCACCUUGCGGGCAUUGGGCGCCCGAUCCUGUGCGACCGCACAUACGGAGGCUUCGACCCAUCUUGGUGCCCCCGCCUUUUCCUCCACUGUCGAAAGGUCACUUUGCAGGAUGCAGCCGGCCGCCCCUUCACCGCUGAGGCGCCCCUUCCGGCUGACCUGCAGGAGGCCCUGGAUCAUCUGCGAGAUCUAGCCGCAUCUGGCUGA